AAAAACGCUAGAGUGAGUGACCAUUGUUGAGACCGUCAGUGAAAGCGGUUACACGCCUUCUCAGGAAAUCAGAUCAUUCAUUAUUAACCUACUCUACAGUCAGGUGUUAAAUUAUUCUACCGUGGAUUAUUUAGCCCGUGAUACCUCCGCAGGAGUCGGACGCCUCAUCGGUGUUUUUAGCGAAAGGAUGAAGUAGUUUCUGUAGCACCCUGAGAUCCGGAGCUGAUCGCCAACUACAGUAUGCGGUUUACUGGGAACAUAUAUGACCAUUUCUGAUCUGAAGCUCACUCAGUAGUUUGCUACAGAUAUGGUAUCCCUGACCAUUUUUCUGCCUUUGGCUCGUUUUCAAACCUCCUGAAUUUUUACACUUGAGCAGGACCGAGUGGGUUUUGGCACAUUAGUAUACAUGCUCGAGACGCAACAUGUCUUUGUACAUGAGUGCUGGGCAGUCAUAACUGAUUUGGGGAAAAACAAGGGGAAACUCCCCUCCGAAGACUCCUGAACAAUGACAGGACCAAGCGCCACCAGCAGCGGCUCAACGGCCAAGAUCAGCAGACACGGUCGGUCUAAGAGCAGCAGUACUUACUGUUACACUACCGGUCCGGCUGCUGAAUCCUCCUCAUCCACUGCCGCGAACAACACUGGUAGGUCGUCCGGUGAGGAAGAGGAGAAAGACGGCGGGGUCCCGUUUUUCGUGAACAGGACGGGCUUUCCAAUAGACACCGUCACCUGGGACAGAAUGUGGUCACACGUCACCAGAGUUCAUCCUGAUGGACAGGAGAUGGUGGAUAGAAUACGAAAUGCAACACACCUCCCUAAACACCCCAUGCCAUCGGUUCCAAACUUUAAGCCAUCGAUGUCUGUGCCUGAUUGGCUCCAUGCCGUCCAGAACUACAUGAGAAACUUGCAAUACAACCAUACAGGAACGCAGUUCUUUGAGAUUAAGAAAACCAGACCUCUGAGUGGGUUGAUGGAGACCGCCAGAGAGAUGAUACGAGAAUCACUUCCCAUCAAAUGCCUUGAAGCAGUUAUCCUUGGAAUCUACCUAACCAACGGUCUGACCUCCGUAGAACGGUUCCCCAUCAGCUUUAAGACCCAGUUCUCCGGCCACCACUUCCAUCACGUGGUGCUGGGCGUUUACUGUAACGGCCGAUAUGGCACCCUGGGUAUGAGUCGACGUGCUGACCUUAUGGACAGAUCUCUGAGCUUCCGUACGCUCAGCGAGUUGGUGUUUGACUUUGAGGACUCGUACCGCCUCUACCAGCACACCAUGAAGAAGAUCAAAAUUGGCCUGUACGUGCCCCACAAUCCGCACGUUUUCCAGCCUGUUGAGUGGAACUAUCUGGUGAUCAACGCCUGCAAGCAGGGCCGUGAAGACAUGCGCAAAGAGCUGGAGAAGCAUGGCCGUGACAUGAGGAUGAAGAUCCUCAAGUCAUCCAGUGCUCAGUCUCCAAUCAAAGAACGAACCCGAGGCAAGUCUUUAUCACCGCGCCGCCGAGCAGGCAGCAGCCCUCAAAGACGCCAACAUGUCCACAGAAGAGACAAAUCGCCAGCAGCACUGGACAGAAAGCCAGCAGAGCUCAGCACCCUCAGUGAUGGCUACCAGAUCCGCAUCUAAGACACUAAACGUACCAGCUUUAUCCUCCACACGUCCCCCCUCAGUCAGAUCCACUGAAGAUGUUUUUAAACACUAUUUAAUGCACAUUGUGAACUGUACAGGAUAUUGAACAUAUUUAUUGUUGUACUUUCAUGUUAGAGAGAGCAUUUGGUGCCCUUCUUAGUCAACAGCAAAAGUUAAAAGUGAUUUAAAAAAAUGUUUUUAACAGAAUAUGAUGUUCCUUUUCCAGCCAUAACAUUUUUUUUAAUAGUGGAACGUUUAAGAGCGAAGGAUAUUAAUUUUGCUUUAAAAAUGUUUUUACCCUAGUAAUUGUCAAGCAUUUUAGAAGACAAAAAAAAGUUGUGAACUGACUGAAAUAUUCAAGCAAAUAUGGAAAUUUGGGGAAAAGGCUCUAUUUUAGGACAGAAUGUCCACAAGCAGUGAGAGCUGGAGUGUGAAUGGAUUGUGCUUGGCAGAGAGAUGUAAACCUCAGUGCCUCGUGCUGUGCUGCUGGUAGUUUUGGAGGCUGACUGGGCUGGAGGAGAGAAGACAUAAGCUUUUUUUUGCCAGAAGUGCAAGGACACAAGGGACCUAAGCUUCAGAGAGCUACUCAUUCUGCCCACAAGAACUGUAUUCAAUCCACUUUACUUUUUUUUUUGUUUUUUUUUUUUGUUACCUGCAUACAGUCCCAAACGCUCCUGUGAUAUGGAAGGAAUGGACAUGAUUUAUUGACUAAGGUUUGACGUCACCUUACAUUGAAGGCUUUGUACGGUUUUUAUUUUCUCAUAAAAAUGUCGGUUGCAGUUGUAGAGAAUUUUUUUUUUUUUUUUUUACCGGUUGUUAAACCAGUACAGUAUUUUGUGGUUUUGUUUUUUGAGCAUCUCUGUCCUAAAAGGACAUGGUGAUGCUCCCACUUAAUAUUUUUAAAUAUUAAGUGGGAGAGAAAACUAUUUUUCAAUGCUUUUUCCAGCGAACGCAAAGUUUAUUGAGGGAAUGUGAUACUUUUGCGACAUUGAAAUAUAAUUUUUAGGAUAUAAAAGUUUCUUGGGGGGGAGAGCAAUACUUUUACAAAAGCGAUCAACCGCUCAGUUUCUCAGCAAAACUUACAAGAGUGUUUCUUGAGAGAAUGCAAAAGUUUUGCUGGGGAACGCAAAAUCAUUGAAAUGUACAUUUUACUCCCAUCUCAUAUUUUUUCCAUCACUGUGUCCCUGUCCCCUUUAUCAAUCCCUCUUUAUCAACAGCAUAUCACUUUGAAUUUUCUCACCUCAUGAGAUUAAGCUAUGCACAUGGAGAAGGUCUGCCAAUCCGUCCUUCUUGACAGCAGACCUGUCUUUAAAAUUGUAGCAGUGACAUUGUUACCAAUUCUUCAUGGGUUGUGUGAGCGGUUCCUCUCUGAACGAUGCUUAUUGGGUGCUAUUGACUAAACUACCACAUUAUAGCUAGCUCAUUCUGCCUUGUAAUUGGUACCAGCUUUCUAUCAAAAGCUACCAAACCACACAAGUGCCAGACCAUUGAAUAUGUCCAAAUCAUCCAUAGGGCUGAAGGUUUCAUCCCAGUCACAUGAAGAUGAAAGGUCAUGAGUUUCAAUGACAUAUCUAAUGUACCAUGUUGAAUUGCUCAGACCCUUUCUGGGAGAGAAGCGGUCUGCUGCUGAAGAACACCACAUUGUUACUGAUUUCUAUAAUUUAUAACUUCUUGUUUGUUUAACUAAUCGGAUGUGUGAAAUUGUGAGUGAAACUUUAUGGCAGACAAAAAUGUUUUAGUUUGUAAAUGGCUUUCUGGUUUUAAGGAAAUGCAGUGAUCUCCCCUCAAAGGUGCUAAGAUGAGACAUUUUACCCAUUAUUAUAAAAUUCUAUUAUUUUAGCACUGACUCUUUUUUUUAUGAUUAAAGAGCACAUUAAAUUUACGUUUCUGUAGCACAAUGAUUAGAAAGUGAGUUUAUCUCCGUUACAAGAUACGUUUAAUGGUAUGCAUUACCAAAAUUCAUAUCACAAUUCAUAAGUGAAAUGAAUAGUCAUGAGAUUGUAGAUAGAAUUUUGGUUUCCAUGUCUUAAAUGCGGGCUUGCCUGAAAAUACAAUCAAGUUAGAUGAAUGAUAAAUAAUCAAUUUUAAAGGAAAUGUUUUUCUCAGCAAGAAAGUUAAUGAUGUGACUCAUUAUGAAGACCUCAACUUGUCCUCAGUUUUCUGUUCAUAUUUUUCGUAUUAUAAAUGUAUUCGCCUAAAUAAGGAUCCAUUUAACCCUCAACUGUCUUAUACACAUUUUUCGUAAGCCUUACCUCAGCUUGCACCAUCAGUCCUCUUUUCUGUCAUAAAUUUGUUUUUGGGUCACCUCAGUUCCCCCAUGAUGAAACAUUAAUGUAAUUUGUUCAUUCCUCUGUAGCAUGUUUUAAUAAAAUCUAUUGUUUUUCUGUAAGUCUGUGAUUGGGCCGUUCACUGUGCUUAUUUUCGCGGUUCUCUGGAAUACUCGAUUCUGAUCUUGACAAUCCGGUGUAACGCAACCGAUGCCAUUUUGCGUCUCAAUUAUCGCUUGAUUUGAUAUCGAAACUGAUUUCAGACUUAAGAGUAUAAGUAUUAAUACUUUUCAUAGCAGA